AUGGACUCAAUCAAGGUCCAUGACUCCUUGCGGCCGGGGCAGCCAGUUCCCUUCACCCCGAUCGAGAAAGGAAAAAUAUCGUGGUAUGCUUGCGGCCCGACUGUUUAUGACCACAGUCACUUGGGUCAUGCGCGCAACUAUGUCUCGACUGAUAUUAUCCGGCGUAUACUGCUCCAUUACUUCGGCUUUGAUGUCAAAUUUGUCAUGAACUUUACAGAUAUCGACGACAAGAUCAUCCUUAGAGCACGAAGACAGCGGCUACUUGAGAACGAGAAGAAAAAGAAAUAUACCGAUGCUGAGCUUACUGAGCUAGGCAUGGCCGCUUUCAAGGCAUAUGCGAAGAGCAAUCUUCCGAAGCUAGUCGAGGGCGACGACGGCCCGCUGGAUAUAAAUAACUAUGUAACCCGAAGAGAUACCACAUAUGGACAAGUUCUGGCUGGCGGGACAUUGACCGGAGAAGGAAAACCCGGCGAUGACGAGGCGAAGCUGAAAAUGCACAUCAAUAACAUGAACUCUGCUGUUGUUGCCAUUCGUGACAACCAGCUGUUUUCGGCCGCUGAGGAGAUACUGUUGCCAUACUUUGACUCUCUCUAUAAGGAAACAUUCGACACAAGCGACCAGACUAUCUUCACAUCACUUACGCAACUCAUGGAGAACGAAUUCACAAAGGAUAUGGACGCGCUCAACGUCCUUCGUCCCGACGUAGUAACGAGAGUUACCGAAUACGUACCGCAGAUCGCCAAUUUUGUGGAGAAGGUCGUAGAAAAGGGGUUUGCCUAUGAAGCCGAAGGCUCUGUGUACUUCGAUAUCACGGCUUUUGAGAAGGCCGGUAAUACAUAUGCGCGCUUACGGCCCGAGAGUCGGAACGACAAGGCUCUCCAAGAAGAGGGUGAGGGCUCUUUGGGUAAGAGCCUUGGAGGAAAGAGGGGCCCUGGAGAUUUCGCGUUAUGGAAAAAAUCGAAACCUGGCGAGCCUUACUGGCCAAGCAAAUGGGGUAAUGGAAGGCCUGGCUGGCAUAUUGAAUGCUCCGUGAUGGCAUCUGAUGUUCUUGGUUCACAUAUGGAUCUUCACUCCGGCGGCAUAGACCUCGCUUUCCCGCAUCACGACAACGAACUAGCACAGACCGAGGCUUACUUCUGCCAUCAUGGACGUGAACACGUUUGGGUUAAUUACUUCUUGCAUAUGGGCCAUUUAUCUAUCUCAGGAUCCAAAAUGUCCAAGUCAUUGAAGAAUUUUCAGACUAUAAAGGAUGCUCUAGCGUCGACAUACACUGCUCGAUCUAUGCGUGUCGUCUUUUUACAUGGAAGGUGGAAUGAUGGUGUAGAGAUAACACCAAGCAUGCGAACACAGGCAGACUCCUGGGAAACUACAGUCAAUAACUUCUUCACCAACGUCAAGUCACUUUUGGUAGAAGCCAAUGACACAACCACUUCUCUAAACAGUGGAGUCGAAGGCAUCUCUCUCAGUGAAAACAAGCCUGUAGAGGGGCUGGUGGCUGAAUUAGAACAAGCUCAGAGAGAUGUCGACACUGCACUAAGCAAUUCAUUUGACACCCCACAAGUCAUGCGAGUGCUCGCGGAUAUUAUUCGAAAAGCCAACAUUAGUAUUGGUGCUCCCAACGGCAAUACCGACUUACCAGCUGUUGAGUCUAUUGCGAGAUGGGUUACCAGGAUUGUCGGUAUCCUAGGUCUAGAUGCUAACGCAAAACCACCCUACAACGGACUCGGGUGGGCUUCUGCAGCUGCAUCAGCGGAUAUAGACCCAGCUACAGCGGUACAGCCUUACGAGGCAGUAUACAACUCGGUGCUCUCUGACGCUAAAUCACUCAAUCUUCCUAGCUCAGAGACAUUGACAGACCUCUUUUCCCAAUCGCCAAAGAGUGAAUUUGACUCGUUGGCGAAAGCGGGACUCCGAGAUCCCGAGCAGCUGGGGUUACCAUUCCUCCGUGCCACAUCUAAACUGCGUGACGAGCUACGGCGCAUAGUAUCAUCCGUCGCUCCCGAACUCAAGGCUUCCAUCCUUAGUCUCAGCGAUCGCAUUCGAGACUAUGAUCUAACGAACAUUGGCGUCUAUCUUGAUGACCGACCAGAUGGUCAACCAUCAUUAAUCAAGUUCAUUCCGGCGGCAGAGCUCAUCUCAGCAAGGGAGGAGAAAGCGGCCAGGGAAGCAGAAAAAGCAAAGGCCAAGGAAGAAGCGAGAAUAGCCCGAGAAAAAGCCGAAGCGGAAAAAUGGGAGAAGGCCAAGAUCUCACCGCAAGAUAUGUUCAAGAAUGACGAUCGAUACGCUGGAUGGGAUUCUGAUGGCAUGCCUACACAGUUGAAAGAUGGCAGCGAUGUGCCAAAAGCACAACUCAAAAAGCUCAAGAAGGAAUGGGAUAGACAAAAGAAGGCUCAUGGUGAGUAUCUCACGAAAUUUGGGGGCACCUGA